AGUUGAUGAGUGACGCCUCAGAUAACUGUUCAUAUGUCGUUUGAGAAAAAGAGAAGUCAGAGUAACAUACUCCUGGAAUCAUGGCACGAGGUCGACAGGCUGACCAGGAGCUCACUGAAGUGCUAAACCAACUCUGGCACCUGGAUAGAAACCGCCUCACACCAGGAUCUGAUUACAUCAUUUCCCCCCAGGGCAGGGCAGGUUACGUGCCUCAGGGAAGCAACUAUGCCAAAGACAGAGCCAGAGCUCCGCUCUUCUCAUACGUCAACGAAGACAAACUCAAGCAUAUCGAGACAUAUGCACAUUUCAUCAAAUUGCUGGACAACUAUGAGAUGUCCACUGGUGUGUCAGAGAGGGUCACUUCAGAGGAGCUGCAGGAGACAAAGCUGUUCAUCAAUGCCAUCAUGGAGACAGACGUCAUGAAGUGUGCUCACAAGUAUCUGGUGAGGAAGGGCCAGUCACCAGCCGAACGUUCACAUUUCAAACGGCAGCUGUAUGACAUCUGGUUCCGCCUCUACCAUCGGGACAGAAGUGGAGGUGAAGACUCUUGUGGAUUUGAACAUGUGUUUGUUGGAGAAACCAAAUACGGCCAGGAGAUCAUGGGUCUGCACAACUGGGUCCAGUUUUACCUGCAGGAAAAACACGACCAUGUUGACUACAAAGGCUACAAAGCAAGAGACAACAAAAAUACACCUGAUGAAGACGACCAUGUCCUGAACCUACAGUUCAGCUGGAAGGGCUUAGUGAAACCGGUUGGCGGCUCGUUCAUUGGUGUCAGUCCAGAGUUCGAGGUUGCUCUCUUCACCAUCGUCUUCCUCAUGUCCACUGAGAAGAUGACGUCUGUGGUGGUGAAAGUGGACGAGUACGUGCUGGAGCUGGUCGUGUAUCGACACGGCCAAUCCAUCGGCACAUCUUUCCCUAAACUGCUCAGCAGCAACCACCGGGAUUUGUAAUAGUUCAGUUUGCAUUUUUGUUAAUCUCUGAAUAGAUUUCUCAUUGCACUAUAAUCUCAAAACAAAACUGGAUUACAUUUUCUUUGCACUAAACAUCAGGCUUUACAUAUUUCUAACAAGCUGUAGCCUAUAAUCCCUGUUCUUGACUUUUAUAUCAUGGAAGGAAUGUAACUUUUUAUUCAACAAACUAUUAUGUAUUCUUAUAUACUACAGUAUAAUAAAAUAUCUGUGUUUACAA